AUGAAGCGGAAAAGAACAUCACCACACGGACUGAGGGCUUGUUUUUUUUUUUUUUUUUUUUCGUUUUUUUUUCCAGUGCGUUUUUGCUGUUCUUUAUUUCUCUUCUCUGCACAUAUGUUCCUUCUUUUUUUUUUUAAUUUUUUUGGCUGUCGUUUAUCACGCAUAUAUAUAUAUAAAAUAUAUAAAAUAGCUUUUUUUUUUUUUUUUUUAUCAAGAGGAAUGUCAAACACAACUCGAUUGACGUCAAGGAACCUAUUUGAUGCCGUGUUUGCAACUAUCCCAGCCGAUGUGGUUCUCGACACGGGACCGGACUCACUGCGGGAGAGGUGCGCUCUGAUGGAAAGCAGACGCGCUGCAGCAGCUGCUGCUGUCGAGAGCGACGACGAAAACAAUAAAAACAACAACGACGAAGGAGAAGAAAAGAGGACGGCUGUGCAAAGGAAAAGUGUUGUCUCGGAGGAGGGAUUUCUUUUUGGGUCUUUCGAUGCGUCCACGAACACGGGCGUUAUGGAUGUGAGUGCGAUGAUGCGCCAUGCGGCGGCGGCGAAGGAGGGGGCGGCGGCGGUAGCGUCAAUGGGCGACGUGUCGUUGCGGCCUGUUUUGGAUGUUCAGUUAGACGCCGACGAUGAGGCGGUGCAGGAGGCGACAAAGUACGCCGCCCUCUUCGUGGAGGACGAUGAGGAACAUGAGGAAGCGGAGAAAGCGGACAAUGAAAGCAAGGAAAAGGAAGAAGGGGUGACGAGUGGCGCUGACGCCUCGCGUUCAUUUGACUCAAAUCAGCGUCAAAGACAACAACAACAACAACAUAAAAAAAGUAUGGCGAACGCAUCUGCAUUUCCUUCUCUGACAGCGGAGGAGCAAAUAGUGAUUAUGCGGCCUGAAGAAGGGAUCCGACAUGAGGGCCGCUGCGUGUUGUUUCGCAACAGUAAGGGAUUUGGCUUUGUUGCGCCGGAGGUGGGUGGACCAGAUAUUUAUUUUACUCGCGACGACGUUGCAUAUUUCUUCACACGCCGCGUAUUAGAGGAGUAUUACGGUGGGAACCUCCUGAAUAUUAUGAAUCUGAGAGAUGCUUCCUGGCGGGCUACUGGAAGAGGAGGAGGAGGGGCCGGUGGUGGCGGGAUGAAGGGAGGCGCUGUUUCUGUGCUGGGGGCAUUUCCUUCUACCGCAGCAGCUCCUGUCAGUCACAAAGUGACACCUUGUGACGUGGAGGAGGGUGAGAAAGUCAUGCCAGAUGCCAAUGAAAAGGGAGGAGACGAGGAAGGUGACACCGACAGGAAGCAGAAAGAAGAAAACAAACCGAACGAAAAAAAUGACGAGGAUGCUGAGCUGAUUAGAGAAGUUGACAAAAAUGCCAACAGUUUGGUACAACAGGCAGCCGCACUCCUUACACCAGAGAAUGCAAAACUUUUAUUGUUGUUUCUGCAGGUCGGAAAGCCUAUUUUGUCUGUACCAGAGCCUGUGAGUUUUACGGUUCGAUGGAACCGCAUGGGGAACCAUUCGAGUCGUCGGUUACGGGCAGAUAACAUCCGCGGGUUACCUGGCAAUGGAUACGCAUUGAUGGUGGAGCAGGCAUGGUUUGAACGCAUAUUCACUCGCGCCUUCGGCCGUUCCUCUGGGGAAAAGGGUUGUAAAUCUACAGAAGGUGAAAAGGAUGAUUGCCUAUUACGUCAUCGCGGGACUAUUUGCAUGUACGAUGCGGAUGAACUUCGCGGUGUCAUUCGCCCCGAUGAAAAUGACAUGCAAGGCGUGUCAUUUACCGGCGAUGCGUUUCUAUGGGAUCCAUUCAUGGAUCCUGCGCGUCGUCGACCCUCUGUGGGCCUUGUGGUGCACUACUCUAUUGCCGGUCGUGAUCGUCAUGGGAAAUACAUCGCUACGCUCAUCACCGCCACGGACGACACCGCAAUUAGCGAGGCAAACACUGAAUGGGCGAGUGGGGGCGGCGUGGAGGACCGGGAGGUCAGAGAACAGGGCGGAGAUGGUAUUGCUCUUGGUGGGGGUGGCUUUGGGGGUUGCUCUGGCACCGGGGGAAGUGGAGGAGGCGGUCAUGGUCGCGAUGAGGAGACCGCAGGGCGGAAACGUAGGCGAGAUGAGGAACUCUUGUUGUUAGAGGAGGAUGACUAUGGUAUCAUAUGA